AUGGUUGAGGAUGUCAAUCAUCGUCAAAUUUGGGACAUCAAGGACGAUGAAGCUGAUGCAGAUGUUGAUGUUGUACGUGACAGAAGCUCAUCAAAUUUUGUGUUGACCAUGGAUCUCGGUCAGUUGGUUAUGGAGUCUCAUGAACCUGCAACAUAUAUUGGCACUAUAAAAAAUUCACUUGCUGAUCAAUUGGAUGAUAAUUUCAUAAAUGACGACUUAGCUGAAGUGCCGAGAAGAAAGGGUCGUGGCCUGGCUAAUAACACACCACUUGCAAUUCGAAGGCGAAAUUCCGGGAAACCACUAGAUCUUCAGCUUGAUCCUAGGACAGACAAAGUGGAAGACAUGGCUACUAUGGCAGAAAUGAUGAAGUCAAUGCGUGAAGAGAUCCGGAUGUUGAAAUCUCAACAAGGUCCAUAUGGUAAUCCUCAGCAUACCAGUACAGAAACUGAGUCGCGUUCACAAAUGGAUAUAUCAAUAGAAGGAGAAACUAAAAUGACUAUUCAUGCUGACCAUGAUCAGUCACAAAAUCAUGUUAGCCCAUCAUCAUCCCCUCUUUGGGUACUCUACUAUAAGGAGUAUCAAUCUAAUUUUCUUCGAAAGGUGCUGGCAGAAAUCAUAGCAACGUUUCUGAUGGUGUUUGUGACAUGCGGUGCGGCUGCCCUAAGCCAAAGUGAUGAGCGCAGAGUGCCACAGCUGGGAGCAUCACUUGCCGGCGGCCUCAUUGUCACCGUCAUGAUCUACGCCGUGGGUCACAUCUCCGGUGCACACAUGAACCCUGCCGUCACUCUAGCUUUUGCAGCGGUUCGACAUUUUCCAUGGAAACAGGUUCCGUUGUAUGCAGCAGCUCAACUCAUAGGAGCAAUUUUAGGUGCAUAUACACUACGUGAAGUGCUAGACCCAAUACAAUAUAUUGGCACCACAACACCGUCAGGGACAGAUGUUCAGGCUUUGAUCAUGGAAAUAGUUGUUACCUUUAUUAUGAUGUUUGUCACUUCUGCUGUGGCAACUGAUACUAAAGCUGUUGGAGAGCUAGCUGGUAUAGCAGUGGGUUCAGCUGUGUGCAUAACAUCAAUCUUUGCUGGACCAAUAUCAGGUGGAUCAAUGAACCCAGCAAGAACACUGGGCCCAGCAAUUGCGAGUGGAGAGUACAAAGGGCUUUGGGUGUAUAUGGUUGGCCCAGUCAUGGGAACGAUGAUGGGCUCGUGGGCCUACAGAAUGAUUCGAGUGGAUGACAAAGCUGUCCAUGCAAUCUCUCCCUCCUAUUCAUUCAAACUUCCAACCAAGAUGAACAACCACCAACACGUUGUAGUUGACCCAAAUAUUGACUCUCUCGUCUGAAAAUUCUAUGUAUUUUAUUUUCUCCUAUAAAUAUUAAUUUUCGUUUUGGAGAAAUCCUAGAUAUUAAUCAAUACAUAUACAUGUAACAUGUUAGUAUUAAUGAAGUGAGCCAAA